AGUUUGAAUGUUGCCUGGGUGGAAUACACAGCGAGCAGCUGAGGAAAUUAGCGCCAACCAUGAAUUCCUCAGAAAGCGAGCUGAAGAAGAUAUCUACAGAGUUGAAACAUCUUUCACUUAAGAGACAACAGCUUGUGGAAAAGAAAAACCUCCUGGGCAUAUUACAGGAGCUGAGGAAUCGUGCUGAAUUUGGUCACGCAGAGGACAAAUCCUCAAAUCAACAUGAAAUCGACAGCAUUGAUGACAAAUUGAAACAACUGACUGAGAGGAAAGCUGAACUCCAAAAAAGCCACGAUAACAUCCUUAAUGCCAAAGAUAAGAAGAGCAAAAUAGGUGAGCUCAAAUUUACUGAAGCGAACAUUCACUCCAUCAUACGUUGGGUUUGUAAUCACCUUUCCUCUUCUUCCUUAAAAGUAAGUUUCACCCCCAGUCAGACCACUGUGCCUGCCACUUCUCCUCCUCCUCCUCCUCCUGUCUCAGGCAUUAUCUACGUUGAAGCCCCACCGACUAUCCCUGCCCCUACGGUCAUUUUGGACUUGGAAAAACUUCCAGAGUGCCCAUGCAGGACACAGUGUCCAGAGUGUCGGCAGUUCAUCAUGACAGAGACUUAUACCUCUGUUAGCAGCGUGACCUGGCUGGUGUGUUUCAUGACAGCUUUGAUUGGCUGCGUGGCUGGUUGUUGCCUCAUUCCCUUCUGCCUCGAUAGGUUCAAAUCUACCACACACAGAUGUCCUAAGUGUCGAACGUCAAUCCAAACUAUUAAAAAGCUCUGAGAAAAAAAAGCAGUUGGUGAUAACCUGGGGCUCAAAACGAAAGAGCAUCACACAUCGAACUAGCGGUGAAGUCAGCAGCGUGGCUCUCUUGGGGAGUUUGUCUGUUAGCAUUUGCUACCAUCUUAAAUUCUUCUCCUGUGUGCAAGAUGCUCUGAAUGUCAUUUUCAACUUAUUCGGAUGCUAUCACUUUGGCUUUAUUGCAUGCAAAAUCAAGUCAGUUUUAUUUAACAAAUGGCUUUACGGUCUGUGCAGAUUUGCUCUCUAUCCUUAGACCCUUGAUAAGGAAAAAUUCCUGUAAUGUGGGGAAAAACUGAAGAAAGAAGAGCAACAAAGGAGAAAUCCCUCUUCCAAGGCGGAAAGACUUGCAGUUUGGACAAUCGGGAUGCCAAAACUAUAGACAUACUGUGAACAUAUAAUAAAGCAUAUGGAUCUAAGACUCAAAUCACGCAACUUCUGGGUGCUGCCAAACAGACCUGAGCUGCAGCACCUCCGUUCCACCCUGGAGACCAGGGAAGAGGACAGUCAACACAAACAUACUGUGGAGGUAAAGCUCAAACUCAUCGAUCACACAGAUAGGAGAAAAGAAACAAGAGCACAGCAGGAGGGAAAGAGUCAAGGACAACAUGCAUACAAGGGAAAGAGGGGAAAAAAGAGGAGUAGCUGAAUCUCCUGGAACACGACGAUCCAGAUCCAAAACAUCUGGGAUGAGGCACCGACGUCCAGAGGGGGGGAGAGAGAGUGGGGGUCCCAAGACGGCUGAUGAUCCAACAAAGAAAAGCCUGAAUGAAAAGAGAAAAAAUAAGGAGAAAGUAGGGAGGGAAGAUCACAGUGUUUGUUAGUUGUGAGACAACAAGAACAGGGAGUCCAGGAUGGAACAUGAGGUUUCAGGAGGUCAGGCAAGUGUGAAUGGUGUUGCUCAUUUACAAUUAAUGUGAUACACAAUGUUAUAUAUAUGGUCAAAUUUUCUAGUUUUAGUAAAAUUUCUAGCUGCAGCAUUCUGAGACAUGUUAAAAGUUUUAAUGCUGGCAGAUCUGAUCCAAAAAUGUUACAAUAAUCUCAAUGUUAUAACAAGUCUCAGUGAAACAAAUGCAUCAUUCAGGGUCUCUCCGUUAGCCAAGGACAGAAAAAGGACAGAAAAGGACAGAAAAGAAUGAAUUACAGCUAAGCCGCAUAGGCAAAGCAAUCCGGUCUUUGAAAAUACACACAGCCGUUGAAAGUUACCGUAACUUUGUAGGCAAAUACAGCUGGAUAUAAUCAGUAUGUCAGUGUAAAUUCUGCAAGAGCUGAGAUACAAAGAGAAAAGCAGAGGUCUGAGAUCAGAGCCCUGAGGUGCUCCACAUUUCAGCUCAGAUCAGAAAAGUUUGAUGGAGUGUUACUACAGAAAACCCACUGUGUUCUUUCAGAAGACUUAAACAUGUGGCCAACAGAAAAGAGACGGCAAACUGAUUCUCCAGUUGGGCUUGGAGUGUACAUUGAUCUAUGGUGUCAAAAGCUGCACUGAGAUCCAGCAAUAAUAGCAGAGGUGGUCAGAAGUAGAAGAAAAUCAUUUGCCACUUUGUUAAAGGCAGUUUCAGUCCUAAAUAGAGAAAGUUGACAAUAGUCUACAAACUAUGCAUUUCAAUGUGUGUUGGUGUUGCUUUAUAAUAGUACAGUAAAGACAAAGUAUUUUACUUUUCAGCACAUACCUGUCCUUUUCAUAAUAAAUUUCUUCAACAUCCAGAUGAGUUUGUCAGCACCGAUCCAGAUGAUCUGCGACACACCAUCCUGCUGAGGUGCAUCAUGUUGUGCAUAACAGUUUCUUUGACACUGAAUUUUAUUUUCACCAGAGCAGUCAGACGACAGACUCAAGAUGAUUAGAUUUACAUACGGCCAGCAGAUGGCACCACAGUACAAAUCAACUGUAAAUGCAUUCAUGUUAUUUCAAGGAGAUGUGAGUGAAUAAGACAAAUGAGCAGUGGUUUGUGCUGAUGGUUAUUGUUAUUUUGGUUUGUGUCUCUGCAUGUUUGUUGUUACACUGUAAUGCUUCACACGGAUUUGGUCUUGCUUACACUUUUUCAAUAAAUGGUUUAAACAAAAA